AUGGACCGGAUCAAAGGCCCAUGGAGUCCCGAGGAGGACGAAGCUCUGCAGAAGCUCGUCGUCAAACACGGGCCCAGGAACUGGUCCCUCAUUAGCAAGUCCAUCCCUGGUCGCUCCGGCAAGUCCUGCAGGCUACGCUGGUGCAAUCAGCUCUCCCCCCAGGUGGAGCACCGGGCCUUUACGCCCGAAGAGGAUGAUACCAUAAUUCGGGCCCAUGCCCGCUUCGGUAACAAAUGGGCUACCAUAGCCCGCUUGCUCCAGGGCAGAACCGACAACGCAAUCAAGAACCACUGGAACUCUACGUUGAAGCGCAAGUGCGCUUCGAUCAUGAUAGACGACCACGCUCCACCGCUUAAGAGAUCCGUUAGUGCCGGCGCGGCCAUCCCCGUCUCCACCGGACUCUACAUGAACCCUCCCACACCUGGUAGCCCCUCCGGAUCCGAUGUGAGCGAGUCCAGCGUGCCGGUUGCAUCCCCCUCACACGUGUUUCGACCCGUGCCUAGGACCGGCGCGGUUCUACCGCCCGUAGAAACGACGUCGUCCUCCAAUGACCCUCCAACUUCCCUUUCCCUAUCCCUCCCCGGCGUCGAUUCUUCCGAAGUCUCCAAUCGGAUAUCUGAGUCAACCCAUCCCGCACCACCGCCACAGCCGUCGAACACCAUCCCUGUCCUCCCAUUAAUGUCUGCUCCGGUGGCGGUGGUGCAGCAGUUGAAGCCACCGGGGUUGGGGGCUUUCAACUUAAGCGCAGAGUUUUUGUCGGUGAUGCAGGAAAUGAUUAAGAAGGAGGUGAGGAGUUAUAUGGAGCGCCAGAAUCCGAAUGGGAUGUGUUUUCAGGCUGCAGAUGAUGGAUUUAGGAAUGCUUCCGUCAAACGAAUGGGGAUUAGCAGGAUCGAUUCGUAA